GUGCGCUCGGCGGCGGCGGCGGCGGCGCGUCCCGAGCCCCGAAUGAACGCGCCGGUCCCGGCGGGCGAGCGGCCCUGAGCGACCCGCGAGCGGGGACGGGCCGUGCCGAGCGGCUCCUCCGCCCGCGCCCCGCCCGCCGCACGGCAUUGAGAGGAUUGCAGUGGCAUUGUAAGGUCAUUUAAAAUCAUGACAAGCUCAGUCGGACAGAAGAAAGUCUCCUCCAGACAAAGGAAGUGUGGGUUCUGUCGGUCGAAUAAAGAUAACGAAUGUGGGCAGUUGCUGAUGUCGGAGAACCAGAAGGUGGCGGCACAUCACAAGUGUAUGCUGUUCUCAUCUGCACUGGUUUCUUCACACACUGAUAAUGAGAGUCUUGGUGGAUUCUCUAUUGAAGAUAUUCAGAAAGAAAUAAAGAGAGGCACAAAACUGAUGUGCUCUUUGUGCCACUGUCCUGGAGCGACCAUUGGCUGUGAUGUGAAAACGUGUCACAAGACAUAUCACUACUACUGUGCUUUGCAUGAUAAAGCUCAGAUAAGAGAGAAACCUUCACAAGGCAUUUACAUGAUUUUAUGUCGAAAACACAAGAAAACUACGCAUAACUCUGAAGCAGAUUUAGAAGAAAAUAUCAAUGAACAUGAAUUGGAGCCUUCACCUCCCAAAGGAAAAAGGAGGGGUCGUAAGGGAAAGCCAAGAAAAACAAAUUUAAAAGGGCAAUCAGAAGAUACUAGAUCUACAUCCUCACACGGCACAGAUGAAAUAGAAAGCAGUUCCUAUAGAGACAGGUCUCCCCACAGAAGCAGCCCCAGUGAUACAAAACCUAAAUGUGGAUUCUGUCAUGCAGGUGAAGAAGAAAAUGAAGCUAGAGGAAAGCUUCAUAUAUUUAAUGCCAAAAAGGCUGCAGCACACUAUAAGUGCAUGUUGUUCUCUUCUGGCACUGUCCAGCUAACAACAACUUCAAGGGCAGAAUUUGGUGAUUUUGAUAUCAAAACUGUACUUCAAGAAAUCAAGAGAGGAAAAAGAAUGAAAUGCACACUCUGCAGCCAGCCUGGUGCUACUAUUGGGUGUGAAAUCAAAGCCUGCAUAAAAACAUACCAUUACCACUGUGGAGUAGAAGACAAAGCUAAAUACAUUGAGAACAUGUCACGAGGAAUUUAUAAACUCUAUUGUAAAAACCAUAGUGGAAAUGAUGAAAGAGAUGAAGAGGAUGAAGAAAGAGAAAGCAAAAGCCGUGGCAAAUCAGGCACUGACCAUAAUGACAUUCCUCAGCAGCAGCUCAAUGGAAACUAGGUUCAAGGGACAGAGUUAUAGAACUGGGAAUGGCUAAGACAUCAUAACUACUAAUUCUUUUAAAUUGUUUUCUAAAAAUCAGAAAAGGGUUAGUAACUUUUUACUACCCAACUCUGUUAGAAAUUUCAUUGAACUGCCUGAAACGUUCAUGUGUGUGAGCCUUCAGUAAGUGGCAGAGUUUUACAUGUCAAUAUUAUGUAGUUUGUAGUCUGCAGUGUCUGGAAAAAAUGAAACACUAUAUAAAUGAUAUGUAAUAUGUACAGUGUCAAAAGUUAAGGCAGACAUUGAAAUGAAGUAAGAUCUAUAUUUCUGGACUGAAUAAAAACUUUAAGAUUUGGAAUGUGUAAGUUGUUUAGUGGAUUCACACAAUGAGGGAAGGUCUUAGCUAGUUUAAUUAACAACCUGGACAAGUCCAUGAUGGCAACAAGCUGGUACUUUGUGAAUUUUGCAUUUUCUUCCUGCACAAGUUCCGGAGGCUGUACAUGGCAGAGCCGUGCUGUUUUUGCUUGGGAAGCACCCAGUAGGAAAGGACUCAGUGUACACGAAGCACGCUUGAACAUUUCAGGUUGUUCCUGUUGUGAUUGCUCAUUCCGCCCGGCAUUGUUUGCGGGAGAUUUACUUGAGCAGCUGUUGGUUCUGAGCUGUGAGCUUUAGAACUCAUGCCAAAGGGCUGUAGUUCAUUCUUUCCCCAAAAAUCCACCUCUUUCUGUGUCCUGAUUUACAAAGAACACUUCACCAAGUGUGAUUAAAACUCUACUAUACAAAUGUUUGGACUUUGCAGCCCAAUCUCUUUUACUUCAGAGAGUUACAACUCUUAACUCACUAUGGAAUUUAGCCACCAUAUCUGACGUCCAUACCUCAGGUGUUCUCUGUUGUGUGGAACACUUCAUGUUUUGUCAAGAAUGUGCAUAAAGGUCCCAUAUUCUGUAAGAAGAAUGAGGAAACAACCUUUUUUGCUAGAUUGGUAUUUAUUUUUUAAUCAUAUGACCACUAUAUGGGAAAGUUCGCGUAUCAUCCUUAUUGUUUUAGUGAUUUUUUUUCCUUUCUCUGUCAACUCAACAAUCACAUCAUAGAAUUCUACUUGCUAGAAUUUGAUGUUCCUUGAGGGAACGCUCAGAUCUAGGCUAUACCAAACCUAACAGAACAGUCCUCUGACUGCUUUCAAAACACCUUGUCAUUUUUAAUGGCUACUGGCUUCAAUUGGUCUGUUAAAGCACAUCCUCAGACUUGCUUAAAUAAAACCAAAAAGCUGAAUCUAGUCCACAUGUUUGUCUGUUGCUACUGUAUCACCUUAUUGUUUGUUUAGGGUUUUGACUUGUUUCACUCUGAACUCCCAACAAAACUUCUGGAUUUGAAGGAAGGAAACAAGCAAAAGACACUGAUUUGACUAUAAACUGCUACAGUUCUUCUGUGAUUGGUAUUGCAAAAACGGUUCAUUUGUAACAUGAGUUUCUGUAGCAUUUUUUACUUGUAUUUUUAAGACUUAACGUGUGUCAUUUGUCUUCUUAUGCAUUCCCUUAAUGUCUUGAGGGACUCAAUUACUGUAUAUUGGAGUUUCUAACAUUUUACCUGUUAGAAUUCAAUCAAUUCUGUUUGCUUUCCUGGAGAAUAAUCCCAUUUGGAAAGAAAUAUUGCUGUGUACAGAAAAUAUUCAGUUACUGCUCUAAACAUGAUGCCAUUGCUCAUUUUUAUUUUGUAUUUGUAACUUUCAAAAUUAAAAGCGUGACUUGAAUUGCAAUGACAGAUGGAUUAUUGAAAUUGUCUAUCAAGGUGUUUUGUUUCUCCUAGAACAUGGAACAUUUUUCAGCCACUCAGAACAGUAUUAGAAUGCAAAAUAGCAUCCUUCAAUAUUUAAAUUGCUUCAGUUUGUGCCUCAGCCAUGGCCCUCCCAUGGAAAAAAGGCACUUUGUUUGCAGCUACUGUAUUUAACUAAGUUUGCAUGGGGUAGAUCUGCCAGCAUACUGACUGUACUUGAGACUGAGCUCUAAUUCAUUGUGUCAGUGGCUUAGUAUAAUAUUCAGUCCAAUAACUCACCUGUUAUGGAUAAAUUAACCCAUACCUUGCCUCAAAGAACCAGAACAGCACUUUACCUUCGGGUAGCAGAAAAGCGAGUGGCUGGUUUCCCUGUUACCCCUGAGUGCUGAAAUGGCCUGGUGAAACUGUCAUCAAUUCCGAAUUCAUGGAAACAAAGUCAAAAGCAAAAAUCUUUUCUUACAAGCCUCAAAUUUGUCAUAACUGACUUCAACUCAUGUAUGCUGGGUAAAAGUGCCUUACAAUGUAAAAAUUGUAUUUAUAUGUUCCCAAGUAGCAUCACCUGCUGGGGAGUAAUUCUGGUGUGGUGUUAAUAUUUAGAAGAAAUGUACCUCAGCAGUGUAUUUACUGUACAUCUCUUACGUCCUUAAUUGUAGUUUUAAAAAGCAUGACAAUGUAUCAUAGUAUAUAACAUUUACAUCAUUUUUUUAAAAGACAAAAUACUGCCAUUACUGUCUUUUUAUGUGUAUUUUAGCUUGGAAUUUCAGACAGUCUGUCUGAAUUUUUGGGGGUUUGUUUUGGUUUGCAGGUUUUGGGAUUUUUUUUUUCUUUUUUUUUUUUUUUUUGUUAAAGCAAUGUAAUCUUUGCAAGCAUAUAUUGAAGAUUAUUCUGGAGCAUCUACUGCCUUCCCAGAAAUGUUAGAAGUAAUGACAGUGCUCUAUAGGUGAACUAGAUAUGUUUAAAUUAGCUAGUUAAAUUAAUACAGUCAAUUCGUUACUGAGAUUUUUUUUUUUACUAGGCACCUUCUGCUUUCAUCUCACAAUCAGAGAAUUCAACGUCAUGAAUUCAACAAAACUUGUCUUAAAAACUGGUUUCACUUUAAUUUUUUAAAUUUUAUUUUAUUAUUGUUACUUUUUGCCUUUGGGCAUUUCUUUUGCUCACAAGAGGAUUGUGUGCUGUUUAAGAUGCCUGGAACCCUCUGAGAAGGGAGUUUUCUCCCCAGCUCCCUGCACCUCUUUAUUAAGAGAUCUUCUCAACUCACUGUGGUCUCACAGAUCUGUGGUUCUGCUAUUCCCAGAAGGACUGUGCCAAGGAAGGACAGGCAUCACAAGGAUCCUGUUCAAAUACCUUGAGGAUACAGCUGGUGUCCCAAGGUGAAACCCCAGAGCAGUGGGCUGUGCUGUCCAGGGCAGGGGGAAAGGGCUGGAUCAGUGUCAGUGCAGCUCCCGAGCAUGAGGUGAGCAGAACAUCUGCUCCUUCAGCACAGGCUGCUCCACAGGAGGUUCUGUGAUAAGGCUCCAGUAGGGGCCACACCUACACUCCACAACAUCCCAGCUUUAGGUACAAAGAGCUGUGCUGAUCUACCGUGGCUUGAGCCUGCCAAAUCUGACCCUAAAAUGUAGUAUAACAGAAGAGAGUUUGCCUCUUACUCCUGCCUAUAGGAAAACGAACUUCAUGCUAAAACUGAGUGAAAAAUGAAGAGAUGAUAAUUUAUUUGAAAUAUCAGACUUAUCUGGCAGGUGAUAAUCAGUGCAUUCCAAAAAUAUUAAUACGCUGAAUCAGAUUGACAAGAAAAUUAAUCCUCAUUAGAUUAAAUUAAUCUGAAGAGAACUGAAAGUGCAUGAUAGCAAUUAGUAACUCUUCUUCCAUGUCACCAGACUCAGAUUCCACUAUAUUAGUGAUGGAGGUGAAAAAACAGAACACAGCCCUUGAUUUCUAUACUUGGUGAAGCAGUUCCUAUACAUGCAUAUGUAUGCACAGCCAUUAGUCUGCAGUGACAUCUCAGCCCUUAACGGAUCCUGGAGAGCUGUUGCUUGUCAAAGCACUCAGGUUAGGCCAAUGUUUGCAGCUUUUGCUCUAGCAUAUAUUGACAUUAGGUGUAAAGACAAGGAAUGUAUGGAAGAGGGUAAAUGCAUUCCUAUCUACAAUGUUAUGUAUAUUUUGUUCCUGUUAUAUUGGCUUUACUUCCAAAGUUGUAGUUUGCAGUAUUAGUUUCUUUUUAUUGGUAUCCUUGCAUAUAUAUAUUCAAUAAAUGAGUUAUGAAUUCCA